UUUAGAACACCUCCACACAGCCCCUCAGCUGUAGGAGGAGGUAGGAAAGACUCUCUGGCUCCCUCCGCCUGCUGAAGAAGCGCCUAGAUUAACCAAGCGUGCCAGAAUUAAAGCCUAAACUGGUGAUUGAUUCAAGCUGUAAAGCGGAAGAAGGCUAAGUUUGCUCGAGAAAGACUUCUGAAUUUUUUAAAGACAUGUGAGGACGGUCUAUUGGUCUUUGGACAAGUCCACCGGCCGAUGCAACACAAACCACUUGUCAGGAGGAAUCCAACUUGCCUUCAGUUGGGACACUUCCACCGGGGGAAUCCAAGAAAAGAAAACCAUCCCACUGCACUGAUUUAGUGUCUCCGCAGCAGCACCAGAGCAGAGAGCUGCCAAUGUUCCUUUUUCAACACAAAUAACAGAAGAUAAACCAAGGAGCUGUUUUCAUUGGUGACAAGGGCUCAUCUUCUUGAUAUAUAUAUUUUUUACAAAGUUCAUUCGUUCAUCGCUCCAGAGAAGGAAGUUGCCCUGUGAACUUCAGGAAGCCAUAAUGAAAUGGGAGAAGUUAAAGCCUCCGGAGCCAGAUGAUCCCAUGUGCUGCUGCGAGUGUGAUAUCUACCAGUACGGAUGCUGCUGUGACUGUGAAGAUCUGGACGAGGCCUUUAACAGGUGGCUGAGACACAUACCCCCCCAUGGCGGAUGUCACUCUCUUGUUCUCGGGGCUCUGAUUGACAACCUGGAGAUCUCCAUGAUCCCGGCCCUGGUGCUGCUGCCUCUGCUGCUCCGGGCCGCGGCGCUGCACUACCUGCUGGGCAUCAUCAUCCUGACAGCUCUGCCCGGUCUGGUCCUCUGGUACUACUACGCCACGCACCGCAAGAGGAGACGCACCCUCUUCUUCCUCACUCUGGCGCUGUUCUCUCUGGCCUACAUGUAUUACCUCUUCAUCACAGAGAUUCUACCGCGUGGUGACAUCAGCCAUCUGCAGCUGUGCACUGUGACUGCCGGGAUGAUCCUCACCAUCGGAUUUCUCAUUCACACCAAGAGAGGCCCAGGGUUUCACAGCACCUCCCAUCACAACCAGAGUGAGGAGGUUAACAAGGACUCUACACAUCUAAAUGGAUCCGUCCAAUCGGGGGUCUCCUCCUCCUCUCCUCCUGCCCUGUCAGAAAAGUGGAGCAGGUGCUCUGUGUGCAAAACAAUGCGACCCCCGCGGGCCGGACACUGUCGAACCUGUGGUUCCUGCGUCAAGCGUCUGGACCACCACUGUGUCUGGAUAAACAGCUGUGUCGGACAGGCAAACCACCGCAGUUUCCUGCUGACCCUCUUGGUGUUCGUGCUGACCUCUCUGUACGGGAUCAGUUUGGUGCUUUGCAGCAUCUGUCCUCGGCAGUAUGUCAUGACGGCUCUCUUCUACUGCCCCGGUGUCUACAGCCAGUCCAGCUCAGCCCUUUGCUUCACGUGUGCAUGGUACAGCAGCAUUGUAACAGCUGGACUGCUUUACCUGCUAGUGGUGCAGGUUCUAAAUAUCAGCUUUAACGUGACGGAGCGGGAGGCUCAGCUGGCUCUGAGGAACAAAACGGGCCAGAGCCGCCUGUGGGGACUCGUCAUCCACACAGGAGAGUAUUCUCGUGGCUUCUGUCAGAACUGGGUUGAGUUCCUCACCAUGACAGAUGCUUCAGUGUCUCCUCGCUCCAGCCUCACUGACUUGGUCUAGUUUCUCUUUAUACUUUAUCAUGAUCACAGACUGUUAAUGCAGCCUGUCUCCAAGAAUUUCAUCUCCAGUAUUUCCUUGGAUUUAUCAGCUGAUGACUUCCAAUGCUCUCUGCAUUCCAUCCUCUUUAAUGUCAUACAUGACAAACUGUUUUUAACUCUGAAAUACGUUGCAGGGGAAUAUUCAAGUGCUGGUUAGUGUUAACUGAUUAAAAAGGUACACGCUACAUCUUUGUUGAAUUGUCUCUUUAUGAAAUGAAGCUGCAGGCACUGUCAGGUUAUUUUACAUAUUUCUAUACCUGCACAAAUUGAACAUAUCAUCUGCUGUCUGACUGAUUUCUACAUAUUUUGACAAUGUAUGAAAAUGAAAUGGUAAAUACUAAAAAAAAUAUUGCAGGAAAUGAAAUGUGACUCUGUGAGGUUCAAGUCGAAGAAGAACAUCACGUAGCCUGGUCGUCACAUGUCAGGAAACAAAAUUGCUGGAUGGAAGGAGACGGGAGAAAUAAUAUAUAUUCACAAACAUCUACGAUAUGAAUAGUAAUGGAAUUAAAGGGUGACCCCAGAGUAAAGGCCAUGAUAUGAAUAAUUUUCAUUUCAGUAAGUUGUCACCUUGUCCUCUUUCAGCCACAACUAUACUUAAUCAUCUUCAGUUCUGAUUCUGCUGCUCGAUCAACUAAAUGCACCAAACAACAUGACUCGAGUUUUUUACAAUUGCUCAGAUAAAUGGGUUAACGUGAUCAUCUGUAAUAUUUAUUAAACCCCGGGAAGCACAUGCAGCCAUGUUACCGUCUCCUGCAGGCUCCUGUUAUGAUCAUCCUCCUGAAGAUCUAUGUCAUAUUUUCAAUCUUUA